AAUUUUGACUAGUAUCUAGAUAAAUCUUUUUAAUAAAAGAUAAUUCUGUAUGACCUUACAUUCUGGUUUACUUGAACAAAGAGAAAAAAGUAAUGACAAAAAUCUGUUAUACUGAGAUCCUGCGCCCGAGGAGACACACGCAGCUAACAUUGUCUUCUUCGCGCGACUCUCCCCGCGGGUUCUCUCUGGGCACAAUGGCAACUCUUAAGGAAAAACUGAUUGCACCAGUUGCAGAAGAAGAGGCAACCAUCCCAAACAAUCAGAUCACUGUAGUGGGUGUUGGACAAGUUGGUAUGGCGUGUGCCAUCAGCAUUCUGGGAAAGUCUCUGGCUGAUGAACUUGCCCUUGUGGAUGUUUUAGAAGAUAAACUCAAAGGAGAAAUGAUGGAUCUGCAACAUGGGAGCUUAUUUCUUCAAACACCUAAAACUGUGGCGGAUAAAGAUUACUCUGUGACUGCCAAUUCUAAGAUUGUGGUGGUGACUGCAGGAGUCAGCCAGCAGGAAGGAGAGAGCUGGCUCAAUCUGGUGCAGAGGAAUGUUAAUGUCUUCAAAUUCAUUAUUCCGCAGAUAGUCAAGUACAGUCCUGAUUGUAUCAUAAUUGUGGUUUCCAACCCAGUGGAUAUUCUCACAUAUGUUACCUGGAAACUAAGUGGACUACCCAAGCACCGUGUAAUUGGAAGUGGGUGUAAUCUGGAUUCUGCUAGAUUUCGCUAUCUCAUGGCUGAAAAACUUAGCAUUCAUCCCAGCAGCUGCCAUGGAUGGAUUUUGGGAGAACAUGGCGAUUCAAGUGUGGCUGUGUGGAGUGGAGUGAAUGUGGCAGGCGUUUCUCUUCAGGAACUGAAUCCAGAAAUGGGAACAGACAACGACAGUGAAAAUUGGAAGGAAGUGCAUAAGAUGGUUGUGGAAAGUGCCUACGAAGUCAUCAAGCUACAAGGAUAUACCAACUGGGCUAUUGGAUUAAGUGUGGCUGAUCUCAUUGAAUUCACGUUGAAAAAUCUAUCCAGGAUUCAUCCAGUGUCAACAAUGAUGAAGGGGAUGUAUGGCAUUGAGAACAAAGUCUUCCUGAGCCUUCCAUGUAUCCUGAACGCUCGGGGCUUAACCAGUGUGAUCAACCAGAAGCUGAAGGCUGAUGAGGUUGCCCAGCUCAAGAAAAGUGCAGAUACCUUGUGGGACAUCCAGAAAGACCUAAAAGAUCUGUGACUUCUGGCUUCUAGGCUGUAGAAAUUUAAAACUAUGAUGUGAUUAACUGUGAGCCUUUAGUUUUUCAUCCAUAUACAUGGAUCACAGUUUGCUUUUAUCUUCCUAAAUAGGUGAAUCUGGGCUCACAAAAUCAAAGCCCAUGCUUGGUUUAAUGCUUGCAAUAUGAGCCCUUGAACAAAUAAAAUUAACUAUUGCAGUGUGAAAAAAAAAUCUGUUAUACUGGGGGAACAAUAAAAUUAUAUAUUUGAUUAGAAUAUUUUAUAGUCAAAAACAUAAAUUUCUUAAAUUUUUGGAAAAUCAUCACUGGGACUGGGUAAGAACUUCCAAACUGCUCUCACUUCUUUUGGUAUUUGCCUAUUCUAACCCACUAUCUAAACAGACCACUAAAAUACAGCUCUGACCAUGCUGUCACUCCUCUAAAAACUUUCUAAGCCUCCCUACCGUCUAAGGGUAAGUUUAAAGUCCUUACUGUGUCAUUCGGGCCCUCCAGAAAUCUGUACUAGCCCACGUUUUAGCCUGACCUCCUCAUGUACCUGAUGCUGCAAGAAUACUGAUUUAACUACUAGUUCCAGAAAAGACCAUGUUUUUCAUGCCUCUGUACUUUGCACACGUUGUUCCCUGGCUGGUGUUUUCUUUCCCUCUUCUAGAAAAUCUUAUUUUUCUUUCAAGGCCUAGCUUACAUGCGACUUUCUCUGGUGAGUCUCUUCACUGUCCCCAAACACAUUAAGCAUAUUCUUCCAUGUUCUCUUAAAAUGCACAUGCUGUGGCUAUAAGAUUUUUUUUUUUUUUUUAUGGUUAGCUGUAAACACUUCCAUUUUCUUCACUAACUUGGGAGCUCCUCCUGGAGUUAUACUCACGUUUGCUUUCCUAGCACAGAGUAAGCACUUAAUAAAUAUUUGCUAAAUAAUCAGAAUGUAGCAGUGAAAACAGUAGGAAAGUGACCUAGAAGUUGUUAAUCACCAGUAAUAAAGAGCCACAGAUGUGGGAAUGUCUUGACUUGCUGAUGCCUAUCAAUGAUAUUCCCCGAUUUGUGCAAACUAGAAUUCACUCCCUUUUCUCCUCAGGUAGAGUCUUAGCUCCUGCUGCGUUCUCCCACCUGUUGUCCUACCUCAAUGCACUCCUGACACAAUCAGUGGUUUAUGGGUUACAUUCACUCUGAACCAAACAUCCUAGGAUGGAUGAAUGCUAAACUCCACCCUGGAAGUCUCUCGUAGUCACACGUCAUCCCUGGUCUAGAACAUGACAUAGGUCAGCCUGACCAGGUCUAGACUACAGAUGGGACAGACUCCAACAACCAGUUUGUGGAGACUGGUAGUGGGGCCAGAUGUGUUUCUGCCUAAACAUUUGUACUGGUGUGCCAACUACUUAGAAUAUUACCUAGGAACAUUCGUUAGGAAUAUUUAGCUCUAAUCGAGAGGGAUGAAUAUGGGUGAAGUUACAUAAGGUAGUGGAUAAGAUAAUGUCUUUCAGGAAAACAAUCGAAAGAUAAAUCACAAAAAAUAAUUCUAUUAUUAAGACUAUGACUGACUAUAAGAUAUUUAACUAUUUGAGAUAACAGCAAUUGCAAGGAAUUAAUUUUUUUUUCCAGUACAAAAGCAGCAGGGGUUGUUUUGCUGAAAUAGCGCACCUCCUUACUGUGCCGGUAUU